AUAACACAAAGUCAGGGACACUGAAGCAGCAUGGCUGGAUGCAGAGACACUCAGGACCCCCAUCUCUCAGCCACGCAAGAGGCAGAGUGGUGCGGGGAUGCCAGGGAUGCUGGCAAUGGAAGGUCAAGGCCUCGCUGCCCCAUAGUGCCGUGCCGCAGUGCGGGUGCUGGCAGGGCUGGUCGGCACGUUAGCAUCUCUCACGACCGUGUGAAUUGGUCCUUGCACACUUCCCAGCACUGGGCAGUGACAAUUAAGGGCUGCAGGAGUCAGAACUGACACCUCCGCAAAUGGGUCCGGCUUUCCCAGGCUCCCGGUCCAGUCCCAGCCCACACCAUGUAGGUUUUGACACCUCCAGGUGGCCACAGAAUUGCCACCUCACACCUUGGGCCCACAUAAAGCCAGGGCUGCCCAAGGACCCCCAGACGUGCGCAGCCCCAGAGCGGAGCCCGCCAUGGCCGGGUCCCCACUGCCACCCCGCAGCCUCCAGACCCCAACAGCCACCACCCCGACACCAACCGGGGAGCUCUGCAGACCCAGCGGCGGGUCCGGGCUGCGGCGGUGCGGGGGUCCGGCGGGCAGGAGGGGAUCAGGGGCGGCCGGGGGCUCACGGCAGAGCGCCAGCGAGAGGGAGAAGCUGCGGAUGCGGCGGCUGGCGCAGGCCAUGCACCGGCUGCGGCACUACCUGCCACCCGCGCUGGCGCCCGCCGGGCAGAGCCUCACCAAGAUCGAGACCCUGCGCCUCGCCACGCGCUACAUCGCCCACCUCUCGGCGCUGCUGGGCCUCAGUGAGGAGGUGCUGCUACUGCGCCGCGGGGCGGCCGCCCGCCGCUGCCCGCUCUGCCCCGGGGGCCUGGGCUGCUGCCAGCCCCCGCAGCCCCGGCCGCGCUCCCCAGCCCCGCAGGAGAAUUCGCCCCCCGGCUCGGAGGGUUGGGGGACCCCCCCAGAGCUGCGCGGGGCUCUGGAUGCGGGGACGGGGACCUGGGGGUCGCUCUCCAACGGCCCCGUGUUGGAGACCCGUCCGCAGCUGCACGUGGUUCCUGACGUGGGGAUGGGGCUCUGGUCACCACCGUCCUACAGCCCCACCGCGGGGACCCCCCCGGAGCUGCACGGGACGCCGGGCUUUAUGUCACAGCCCUCACCAUCACCGCUGUGCAGCAUCAGAGCAGCGACCCUGAUGGAGCCCCCGCGGAGAUGCGCAGCAACCACAGGCACCAGGACAGGUCCCUCCUGCUGCACGGAGCCCGCAGCCCCCUCCCUGUAUCCUGGGAUGAGAGCAAAGGCCAUGGGACCUUCAGGACUCCACACAUGCGGCUCUCAGAUCGGCAGCCCCCUGGACCAGGACCUGUUCAUCUCCUCCGACGUCCACGGGACCCCUGUCCUGCCCGGCUGCAGCCCCGCACGGUGCUGGGGGUGGUGGAGCUGAUGACAGCUGAUGACACAGCAUGGGGACAGUGCCAAGGGGCACUGCGGGACACUGGGAGAGGCUCCUCAUUAAAGCUGCUGUG